GCGGAUUUGCAUCUUGACGGAUGCAUCAGCGUUUCUGAUAUAAAUCGAGCGGGUCUUACCGAAAUAACACAAACAAUUGUUGCAUCCGUCGUUGUGUAUUGCAAAAUUUUGUACAAUUUCUCCGUCUUGCAAGUGACAAGCGUUUGGGUAGCAUUUCUUGAUGUUUUUCUCACAUGAUAGUUUCCCCAUGUAACAAGAGCACUGCGAGCAUUCUGCUGGGUUGAAAUAUGUUGUCCCACUUGGUAUUAGAGCCAAUGUUUUCGGGUCCCGACAAGGAAAGUUGGCUGAAACGUUGAAUAUAGAACCAUGAGAAAAAGUGCGGAAUUGCAAAAAAUGCUGCGGGUAUGCAGAUACCACCCAUGCGAAAUGUUUACCGUAUCAAUGUAACGGGAACUUAGUAGCUUAGUAGCUAGUCAUGUUUUUCAGGUAGUUGUGAUGUUAUAUGUAAACAACGAGUUUGAGUGUUUCAUCAGGGGAUCCAAACACGAGAAAACUGUGUGAAACACCAGCGCGAAGCGCGAGUGUUUUAUUGUUUUCGAGUGUUUGGUCCCCUGAUGAAACACGAGAAACGAGUUGUUUACAUAACAUCUCAAACGAGAACAUUUCAUUGGCUUAUAUAUAUUAUUAUAGUAUAUUGUUGUGUUUUGACUUGAAUUUGUAAUUAGGAUCUCAGUUAUUAGAUGAAAACCGUUUUUCAUCUAACAACAGUGAUGGUAUAUGAUUUUUAGCGUGUUUCCUUGCGGUAUCCAACCUCAAUCAUGUGACGAAUUAGGGUGAGUUCAUUCGCUAAUUUGCUCAUGAAUUAUUAAUGAUUCGAGAUAGUUGAAUACCACAGAAUAAAGACACACGGAAGGUCGACUGAGCCAAAAAAAAACCGUAACCGCUGCCACGUCAUGAUUCGUUGUUGAUAUCAACAGGCGUGAACAAGGUUGUGCGGCCCACUAUGAACAGUAUUGUCAACAUGUUGUUACAGCAUUGUUCAACUGUAACAACUUGGAACAACAUGGUUGACAACUUGUUCAUAUAUAGUUGGCCGCACAACAUUGUUCACGCCUGUCGAUAUCAACUUGGAACAACCUGUGCGUUUUUAGCCGUGCCAUCAAAAUGCUGACGCUACGGUCCUAGCCAGCGCGCUUAUAAGAGGCAUUCCCCUCCCUUGGGCGUCUGUCAUUUUGAAUAUUAUCAGGGGGGUGAAUGCCUCUCAGCGCACUGGCUAGGACCAUGGCGUCAGCAUUUCGAUGACGAAUUACGGUUACGCCAAAAUCAUUGGAAAAACCAAGAAGUCGGGCUUCCGUAUAGUCUCUAUUCUGUGCCUCUGUUGUUGACUUGUUGUCUCUACCGGCAUACAAGAGUGAAGUUGACCGAACCAUUUGUCGCGCAUCAUAACGUCAAAACAGAAACUAACGGUAACUAAACCUUCAAUCAUUCGCAUUAUCUCCUCGCUGAAACCAUUUUCGGUUUGAAUUGGACUUCGCUUUCUUCUAGUAUCCAAAAAUCGCCAAGCCUUUUCAUUAAACCCUUUUUUCCUGAAUGAUUUGGAAAAUUUUGUGACCAUUUCUUGUUGUUGUUGUUGUCUUUUCCAUGAUUUUGUCAGCUCGUCUAACUCGCGUUUAAUCUUCUGAAGUACGCCAAGAAAACUUGUUGAAUUUGGUGGUACAUAUGUCGAAUUUCUUUUUUCAUUUUUGGCUAGUUUUAUAUUGGUUUUCACUGAUUUGAAAACCCCAUCUUGCAAAGUUUCAAUCGCAAUAGAAUUCACAAGGAUAACGGAAAAAAUAUAAUAAAAUGCGAUAUUUUUCAUGACUUUUCUUCACCACAAUUUAAGGCGUUUUCGCCAUGUGCAUUUUCUGUCAGUUUUUAUUGGUUAUUUAUGACGUAAUGACAUGAUUUGCAUACACUGCGGAAUGAAGCAUGUGGUCCAGUGAUAUAUGGAGCUCAGUGGAUCCGCGAACACCUCCAGGAGACUAAGUAUGAAGGUGUGGAAGAGGCGCGGUCGAGGCGUGUCGGUAAAUUUCCCAAAAUAUCCCAUUCAAUCCUAUUGUUGUCCAUCGGCCAACAGAAAAAGUAAAUAAUAUGUAAAAUUCAUAUAAAAGUUACAUUUUAUGUUUAAAAAUUUGCAUUUUUUUCAGGCUUUCAAAUUUGAAAUAUAACCUACCGUGUGUGUGUAUAAUCCUGCAAAAUGUUGCGUGUUGGAAAAGGCCAAAAACUCCGACAUUUCUCGAAAGUCCGUCUACAGAAACGGUCAAUUACAACAACCCCAAAAGCUUGCGAGAAAGUGAUGGCUAUCCGUCGAGAAGACAUAAACGUUUGGGAAAGAAGGGCUCCUAUUUCACCUGCACAUGUGAAAGACCUUGUGGAUAACGGUAUAAGAGUUCUAGUGCAACCUUCAACGCGAAGAGCCUAUACAAUGGCCGAAUACGAAGAUGCCGGGGCUGUUAUCACAGAGGACCUCUCGCCAGCUUCGCUUAUUGUAGGAGUGAAAGCUGUACCGAUUAACCAGCUAUUGGCUGACAGAACUUAUGCAUUUUUUUCACAUACUAUCAAAGCUCAGCCUGGGAAUAUGCCACUUUUGGAUGCAAUGCUUGAAAAGGUAAGUAAAUACGAUAUUUACUCAGGUUCAGUCAUAUUUGCAAAUAUACACUGUAAAAUAUUAAAAAAUAUCACGUGUUAAAAUUAGCCGGCUUAUAUAACAGCUUUUGACAAAAAUAAAGUGGAGGUUUUUUACAAAAAAAAAACCCAAUUAAUCAUUGUUAUUAAUUUGUUUGUUUUGCCUAACAAGAUUUUUAUGAUAAAAUUAUCGUAAAAACCUUGUUUAUUAGGCAAAACAAACAAAUUAAUGGAAAAGGUAUGUUGUUGAAUAUAUUUAAUUGGUAUUAAUUAUGUUUAUAUGGUGAUACAAUUUUCGUGCAUAAUUUAUGCAACUAGAAUCUACUAUAAAUUUUACUGGUAUGAAUUUUUGGAGAAAAACUGAAAAACGAUCUUUACAUUCACAUUUCAGAAUGCUUGUAAACAUUGAACCAUCUCAUGAAAACUCCGUAGAAAUAAUAGAUAAAUAUUUAUUAUUUGUCCAUUGGGUCGUUCCAGAAAAGAUCCAUACUCCCCCCACAGAGGAAAUUUCUGCCGUCCGGAGGGGGGGGGGGAGAAAAAAUUGUUUCUGAUAAUAGGAAAUGUAUUAGGACAUCCGAAGAGGGUAGGGGGGUUAACUUCCUAUUUCCUCCGUUGGGGUGGUAUGGAUGUUUUCUGGAAAUGACCCAUUCAUCAACUGGUACAAUUACCAGGUGUUUAUGGGAAAAUUUAUAAACAUGUAGUGUAGUGUAGUGUUACAUUUAUCUGGAAAACAUGCUCCAUAUAUAAAGUUAGUGGUUUAACCCUUUAUGUGGCAAUGUGCCCCAGGAGUGGAUUUAUAGGGGGGAGGGGUGCACACCCCUAUUGGCCUUGGUCAACAGGGAUGCAAUGGGGGUGCAAAAAGUCAAAUUUUGAAAUAUGGUAUAAUUUCCAAGGUUUUUCCUUUUUUGAAGUCAAACUGGGGCUCAUAAUUCAAUGCCCAUAUUGCAGGAAAUGGCAUUUCUAGGGUUCUAAUUUUCAGAAUUUUUUGGAAGGCAUACCCCUAACCUGAGUAUCAGGCUCUAUUUUACAAAUAGAGCCUGACACAAAACUUAACCUGAUCGCUUUCCACCCACAGCAAAGUUUAUGUUUAGUAUCCAAUCAAAAUGUCGCAGGAGAAAUUUAAAUUUCACACAACAACAACAACAAUCUAAUUAUAGCGUAGGCAGCCCACUAAACGGCUAAAUUUAAAUUAAAACUGCAAUGAACUUAUAAAAUUAACAAAAAUAAUAACAAAUUAGCGAAAUAUAUUGCAAAUGUAGCUUAUAAUAAAUAGCCACCUGAUUGCUCUCUCCUUCGCAGAGGUUUCAGUGACUACAAUGAGCUUUACAUGGCGCUUACCGUAUUUAUACCGUAUUUAUCAACAAACUGACAUAUAAUUAUAAUAAUAAUAAUGUAUAUAUAUAUAUAUAUAUAUAUAUAUAUAUAUAUAUAUAUAUAUAUAUAUAUAUAUAUAUAUAUAUAUAUAUAUAUAUAUAUAUAUAUAUAUUAAGUAUAUACUUUAUAAUUAUACGUCAGUUAAUAGUCGAUAGUGCAAUCUGAUGGCGAUUUAAUAAGCUACAUUUGCAAUAUAUUUCGCUAAUUUGGGAUUAUUUUCUAAUUUUACUGCAGUUUUAAUUUAAAUUCAGCCGUUUAGUGGGCCGGCUAUAAUUGUAGUUGUGAUCGUUAUAAAAUAUAUCAACAACAAUAGUAUAAUCUAAUUAGCACCAGCCAAUCAAAUGACAGAUUUAAAAAAUCAUUUGUCUAAUCGGCCAAUCAGACGAAAAAGCCAGAAUCUGGCUCUUUACAUGCGCCGCGGUAAAGAAUUGUAUCAGGCCUUCAUUCGCCGCCGCCAAUUAAUUCUGGCGAAUGAAAACAUAAGGGCCUGAUACUCAGGUUAGCAUACCCCUGGACCCCCUAGGGAGGUCGCGCCUUCGGCGCUCGAGUCGUUAGGAAGCCAAUUCAUUUGAAUGCUCUCCCACCACCCCCUAAAGGAUUAUAAAGAAACACUCGGCUGCUCAUCCAACACCCCCCUAGAAAAACCUUGCUGGAUUCACCCCUGAUGUUCCCUGACCAGCACUCUACUUUAUAAUUUUACUAUACAUACUUUACUAAUGUUACUGUCAAACACCAGGCGAAUUUACUUGUCAAGGGGAGAACUCUAUGGGUCAAACCUAUAAUCAUAUUUUAGAUUUCCUGGACUGUGAGGUAGUAGAGUCCAUAGCCAAACUGAAUUUGAAGGGUAUUAUCCCACCGAGUGACAGCACUCUCCCCUUACGUUCUUAACAAGCAAAAUUGUCUGGCAACAGAGUAACAUAUAAAUAAAGUAAAAAGGCACAUCAGUGUGCAUUAAUUGCCAUUCAAACGGUUAAAAUUCCAAAUGAUCUUUUUUGCAAAGCACUGACUUUGCGUCGAUUAAUACCGACUUGACACAGAUUGAUACCUAAUAUCAUGUCAGUGCUGUCUGCAUGUGUGCUAAUAUCAUGUCGGUCCGACAUACCCCCCCCCCCCCCAUAUGCACUCGAAACAACUGUUUUUAACCCUCUUUUAGGUCAAAAUUUCCGAAAAUUCUGCAUUUUUCCAUGAAGGUGGGGGGGAGGCUGCCUGAUUUCCGCCACUGUGUUUGUGAAAUAAUAAUUCUUGAACAUCUUUAGAAUAUAAGAUUAGUUGAUUAUGAAAGAAUGCUUGAUUCUAAAGGACAGAGAGUUGCUGCAUUUGGAAAAUUUGCUGGGGUGGCAGGUAAGGAAAAACUCUGAAAAGAAAAUGUUGUUGUUUAAAGGCCAUGUUACACGGUGUAAUUUUUCUGAUGUUAAUUAGUGAAAUCAGUGAAGAAUUUUCAAUAUGUUGAGAAAACAUCAGCGGAGUGUAAUGAAGACUCAAGCAUAGAAUUGCAUUGCAAGUUGCAAGAAAAAUUGCAACGUGUAACAUGGCCUUAUCCCCAAAUAUAAUUUUUUGGUAUGUGUAAUAUUUGGGUCAUUCGAAGAAGAAAUGUAAUAUAUCUUUAUAAUAAAAAUCCCAUCUUGAUCAACUUUUUCACUGUCAAAGUUUGCGGAUAUGAUGUCAUUAGGUGAAUUGCAAAUUAGUUUUCCUUUGUUUUUUGUACCAAAAGUUCACCUAAUCACAUCGUAUCUGGAAACUUUGACAGUGAAAAAGUUGAUCAAGAUGAGGUUUUUUACCAUAAAGAUGUAUUACAUUUCUCCUUAGAAUGACCCAAAUAUUACCCAUACCAAUAAUCAUAUUUCGGGUUAGUCACACUUUAGGAUGAAUAACCUCCCUAAUGCACCCUACGUUAUUAUUUAGUAUACUCUGUGUAAUGCCACACGAUUUUAUUUGUCAAGGGGAGAGCGCUGGCACUCAAUGGUUUGGGUUAAAAUGUCAAAGUUUUUCUACAUUUUUCAAUUUUGUAUCUGUAAUGAUUGAAGUAUCUUGCUGUUGAACACUCCUUACUGGAACCCCAUAUUUGUCAAUUUACAAACAGACUGAAUUAUUUAGUACAUCACUCUACCUCUUAAGGAAAUCUGAGAUUAAAACAAUUUAAUAAUUAGUUGAUUCAAUUAUUUUCCAGGGAUGAUAAAUAUCUUACAUGGACUUGGUUUGCGACUUCUUGCUCUUGGACAUCACACACCCUUCAUG